AGGCUGAAAGCCAUACAACAUGUAUAAGCACGAUUGAUUAAAGCCACACUUACCUGUAGAGUUCAAGAAAUAAAUGUCUAGAGAUCAAUUGCUAAAAGGUUCGGUUAAUAUGGAAGUGCACCUUAGACCAAUGACGCACGAUGACCUAAAGAUGGCCACGACCUGGGAGACGAUGGCUGGAUGGACGAAUGACUACUGUAUGAGAGAGAUGCUAUUUGAACUGUACGGUGAUUCCCAUGAGAUUGCUGAAACAGAAGACGGUGAAGCCAUUGGUUUUACGUCGCCCAAUGUUAUAAGUCAAGAUUUGGCAUUCCUGGAAACGAUUUUCAUUCGAGAAGACUUCAGAGGAAAACAAAUCGGAAAGUAUCUUAUGAAUAAAAUGAUGGAUACGUAUUCUGAUCGUAACUUCUGGCUGAAUGCUGAUACCGGUAAAGAGGGAUUUUAUCAAAAAUUAGGAUUCAAAGUUGGCGCCAAAACUGCAAAAUGCACAGGGAAUGUCAGUGAGGAUGUUAUAGAACGCGUCAAAGAUGACGGUGCUUUCAAAACAGAUGGCAGUACAGUUACUACAGAGCCAGCUGGGGAAAAAUUGUUCAAGGAUUUGAAGAAAUUUGAGAUGACAACUUUGAAUAUAUCGAGGCAAUCAUUUUUCGAGAAAUGGUUUGAAUCGGAAUUACAUAAACCAAUAUGUGCGUUAGCACGAGAUAAAGAUGGCGUUGUAAUAGGUUAUGCACUUUGUAGACGCCUAAUAUACGAAACUACUUCUGACGUCACACAAAGUUAUGUGAUAAAUCCACUUGUCGCUGACGACGGGAGAAUAGCCAACAGACUAUUCAGAAAUAUAUACAUUUCUUUGCCAAUUGGAUCGAAGAUUACCUUCAAGUCCCCGAAUUACCAUGGUGGAGUUGAGCGACUUGUAGGCAAGUUCAAUCUCGAGGUAGAGAGUCAAGGAACAGCGAUGUUUAGUAAAGACCUUAAUCCGAUUGACUUUUCUAAAAUUUACUCAUUCUUUCCAUACUGAAGAAAAUUUGUUUGUUACCAUUUGUAGUUUUCGAGCAAUAUGUCAC